CCAACAACAGGGAUUGCUCACAGUUCAUAACUUGCCAAGGAGGAAGGAUGAUUCAGUGGUUUUUAAGUUGCAGUUUUGCAGCUAUAACAGAUAUUGCUUUGUUUUCAAACAAGAAGUGGACAGCCUAUUUUUCUUUUGUUCUUCUGCCUGUGCAGAACAGGUAAAACAGAGUUUGGAAAGAAGGCAGCUACCAUCUAAAUGCCUUUGUGAGCAAAGGAGCCAGAGGAUGCAGGUGGCAGCGAGGCUUUGCUCUAACUUGUUUGAAGUUUUUUUCCCAUGUCAAAGGUGAAGGAUUAUGCCUGGCAUAGGAAUUUAGUCCUCAAAUGGCGGACUUUAUUAGCUGGAUCCUAACACCUCCUGGGCAGAAUGUGAACUUUUGUUUGUGUUACAGACUUGUAUUGGUGUUCAAGUGAAGUGCCAUGCUUUUCCUAAGUAGUGGGACUGUGGAUGCUACCUCAAGGAGUACAUGUAUUGGUGAACAGCAGCAGGGAAAAACGGUUUACCACAUCUCUGUUAUCCUGAAAGAAACACAGGGAGAUGCACAGGUGUCAGGGCCAGGAGUGGGCCAGGUCACCCACACCCUGGUGGAAAAUUGCCAGCCGGGAGUGAAGAUGAUUAGUAUAGUGCCAAUGGAGAAGAGCCCCAGGCUGGGCAGGGCACGGCAGGAGCUCAACAGGUGGCCUUCCCUGAGCCGCACAGGUAGAGCUGGGAGGCAAAGACAGGAGGUGGUUCUCGAGGAGAAUGAGGAGGAGCUGGAGGAGGUGGAGGGAAAAAUGAAGACAGACAGGUUUUGGAAUCACCUCUGUAAGAACCCAGGUAACUCCUCACAGCAAGACAGAGACGUGGCAGAGUCAGUUGCUCAAAGAGACAUCAGGGAGCAACACAUUCAAAGCUCAACAUUACCUUGUCUCAGCGCCCAAAGCAAAGGCCUUUUCUCCUGGGAUCAUGGCACUGUUGCUGGACACAGCUCUCUGCCCCGGGCUGUGUUGCGAAGGCCACGUCCCAGUGAAGCCCCACAGGGUAGGAAGACGGUGAGCAUGUAUGGAGACUCAAUCAAGCAGCAAACAGAUUCUCAGCCUGAACAAGAAAGACGGCUGCGGAGGCCCAGGAGUGUGUGCAUGCUGGCAGGCCCAGGCUCAGUCCUGUCAGAACCACGGACCCAGCAACCCUUCAAGAGGGCUGGCAUUUUAGAAAACCCGCAGUACAAGAGCAGGAAGGCAGAGUUGAGAGCUGUGGAUGGCCUUAAUCCUGUUGUGGCACAGCGACCUUGGGUCCCUGCAGAAGUGACCCUAAGAAAUCACCAGAGGAGCCUGAAGCCCAGGCCUGUCAGUAUGACAGUACUGGAGCUUAGAAAGAGAGGCUCUGAUGAUGAGAUCGACAGCCAGAGAAGCAGCCACACUGGCUACGAUGGAGGAGGCUUUCUCAAAGGGGGCUUCAGAUGGAGGCUUUUUGGCAAAGCCACUCAAGAUAAGAACAAGGACAGGGAAGGUGAAAAAGACACCAAAUCUGCUCCAAAAUCAAACAAAUCUGAUUCUCCAAAAAGUACACUGAGUUCACUAAAACGGAGUCUCAGUUUGCGCAUCAGAAGGACUCGACCUCGGGAAAAAGUUACUUUGGCAUCUGAGUUGGAUUUAAAGGAUUGCUCUCGGACUAAAAGUACUGUGGAGGAAACAUCAGUGCAAACCCAGCCUUUCUCAUACCUUACAGGAAGGACGCUUUCAACUUCCAGUGAGCAUAUUGAGGAUGGGGGUGUGCAGUAUAUACAGUACCACAGCAGGGGGAAGUUAAAAGUUAUGGAGGUACCCCUCUGCCCAACAAAACUGACAACUAAAUCAGUUCAAGAAGAACCAAGCAUAUGGCAGCUUAUAGCUAACCGUUUCAGGAGGAAAGAGCAGCCACACAGUGGCAAAAGUGAACCCCAGCAGCCCCAGAGCAAAGACACCAGCCAGUUUACUUUGGACAGGAAUAAUAAGUCACAGCCGGUCGCUAUAGUGACUCUGGCAGGCACUGACUCCCACAAAGGUCAAGACUCUUUUGUCAACAGCCAGGAAUGGACAUUGAGUCGAUCAGUGCCAGAGCUGAAAGUGGGCAUUGUGGGAAAUUUGUCCAGUGGGAAGUCUGCCUUGGUCCACCGGUACUUGACAGGCACAUAUGUGCAGGAGGAGUCUCCUGAAGGUGGACGGUUCAAGAAAGAAAUAGUGGUGGAUGGACAGAGCUACCUUCUUCUGAUCAGAGAUGAAGGAGGGCCUCCAGAACUGCAGUUUGCUGCCUGGGUGGAUGCGGUGGUUUUCGUCUUCAGCCUGGAGGAUGAGAUCAGCUUCCAGACGGUCUACAAUUACUUCUUGCGCCUAUCCAGCUACAGGAACACAGCUGAGGUCCCCAUGGUCCUUGUGGGAACACAAGAUGCAAUCAGUGCUGCAAACCCCAGAGUGAUCGAUGACUCACGAGCCAGAAAGCUGUCAAAUGACCUGAAGCGCUGCACAUAUUAUGAGACCUGCUCCACCUAUGGCCUGAAUGUGGAGAGAGUCUUCCAGGAUGUUGCCCAGAAGGUUGUGGCCAUGAGGAAAAAGCAGCAGCUCUCGAUUGGUCCAUGCAAAUCUCUCCCAAACUCCCCCAGCCACUCAUCAGUCCCUGCUGCAUCCAUCCCUUCAGUUCACAUUAAUCAGGCGGCCAAUGGUGGGGGUGCGUUCAGCGACUACUCCUCCUCGGUUCCCUCCACCCCCAGCAUAAGUCAGCGGGAGAUGCGCAUUGAGACCAUUGCUGCCUCCAACACGCCCACGCCCAUCCGCAAGCAGUCAAAGCGCCGCUCCAACAUUUUCACAUCACGGAAAGCCAGUGAACAAUCAAAGAGCGUUGACAGUAAAACAGACAGCAUAGGCAGUGGAAGGGCCAUACCUAUCAAACAGGGAAUCCUUCUGAAGCGGAGUGGCAAAUCCCUCAACAAGGAGUGGAAAAAGAAAUAUGUCACACUGUGCGAUAACGGCGUGCUUACUUACCACCCAAGUUUACAUGACUACAUGCAGAAUGUGCAUGGGAAGGAGAUUGACCUCCUGAGGACAACAGUCAAGAUUCCUGGGAAGCGACCUCCCAGAGCUGUAGCCACUGUCGCCCCCACAGCAAGUCCCAAAACUAAUGGGUUAACCAAGGACCGCAGCACUUUGCAGCUGGGCAUAGGAAACACAGGUGCUCCUCACUCCAACAGCAGCACAUCCCUCCAGACAGGUGGGUCGGUGUUUGGCAGCAGUAAAGAUGGCAUGCACCAACGCUCCUUCUCUGUGUCCAGCGCUGACCAGUGGAAUGAAGCCAUCAACACCAGUACAAGCAGCGGAGCUCCGAAUGGAAUGAGUGAUCCUGCGAAUUCCAGUGUGGGCAGCGCCACAAGUCCAAAACUUGAGCCACCUCCUUCACCACAUGCCAACCGCAAGAAACACAGACGGAAAAAGAGUACAGGCAUCACCAAACCAGAUGGCUUGUCUGCAGGCAAUGAAGAGCAAGAAGACUCCUUUGAGUUCAUCAUUGUGUCGCUGACAGGUCAGACGUGGAACUUUGAAGCAUCCACGUAUGAGGAGAGGGAGCUGUGGGUCCAAGCCAUAGAGAGUCAGAUCUUUGCCAGCCUGCAGUCCUGUGAGAGCAUCAAGAACAAGUCUCGGUUAGGAAGCCAAAGUGAUGCCAUGGCCAUUCAGUCCAUACGAAACGUGAGGGGAAACAGCUUCUGUGUGGACUGUGAUGCUCCCAAUCCGGACUGGGCCAGUCUGAACCUGGGUGCCUUGAUGUGCAUCGAGUGCUCUGGGAUCCACAGAAACUUGGGCACCCACUUAUCUCGUGUGCGCUCCCUGGACCUGGACGACUGGCCGGUGGAGCUGAGCAUGGUGAUGACGGCCAUCGGUAACUCCAUGGCCAACAGCGUUUGGGAAGGUGCUUUGGAGAACUACAACAAGCCAGGAAGCGACAGCACCAGGGAGGAAAAGGAGCGCUGGAUCCGAGCCAAGUAUGAGCAGAAGCUGUUCCUUGUGGGACUGCCCCAGUCUGAUGUGCCCCUGGGGCAGCAGCUGCUCCGGGCCGUGGUGGAGGACGACCUGAGGUUGGUGGUGGUGCUGCUGGCCCACGGCACCAAAGAGGAGGUUAACGAGACUUAUGGGGACGGAGACGGCCGCACUGCUCUGCACCUCUCUUGUGCUAUGGCCAAUGUGGUCAUCACACAGCUUCUUAUCUGGUAUGGCGUGGACGUGAAGAGCCGGGAUGCUCGUGGUCAGACUCCGCUGUCCUACGCUCGACGAGCUGGUAGCCAGGAGUGUGCUGACAUCUUACUUCAGCAUGGCUGUCCCAACGAUACCAGCAGCCUGACUUCUGUGCCCACACCCAACAUGAGCCGCCGCAACCCCAACCCCAACCCCAACAUCAACAACAACAACGCCCAGUGUGAGCUCAACCGCAGCAUCAGCAUCAUGUAGGAGAUGGAAAGCAGCUGCAGAUGAACAAAAUAAAUCCCCUAGAACCUUUCCAUGUCUAUACCCAGUACUUCCUCCUCUGUUUCACACUGUGUUACCCAGAAUCAGCACCAAUUCAGAGGUUCAGGAGUGAUGGACACAUUGUUUUUAUUUCACUAUGCCUAAAAAAGGUGCCGUUUGGAGUUCGGACAUUGUACAUUUUUUGUUUUGUAUUAUUUUGUAUGUGUUUUGUGUGUAAAAUUCAUUCACUCUUGAUCUGAAAUGAUCAUGAUCAGCUUUAAGCUUUUUUUCUUUUUUUAAGCAUCAACCAAACAAAUGACUCACUCUGGCAUUCAUACCUACCCCACAAAAGCAUUUCCUUAAUGCAUUCAACAUUUCCUUUUAUGUCUUCCCUGUCUGCAACAUGAACCGACUUUAUAAUGAGUGUGAAUGAAAAACUUCUUUUAAAUUUCUAAGCCAGAGCAUAAUAACAUAAAACUGUGAGGAAUAGUUUUACAAGUGACAAAACAAUGAUGUGGGAAAGAAAGUAAAUCUUCCAUGAUAUCAGUGGCUGUUACAGCUUUAGUAAUGAUGCAUGUCUUCAACACAGCCAUCAAACUCUUGACAUACUAUCCGUAUACAAAGGCAAAGCAAUUAUACUUGAAGAGUCCAAAUGAUUUAGAUACUUAAUUCACGGGAAAAUGGGUUCAGAUCAUCAUAAAGGAGUUGAUUGAAGAAUUCCUGUCUGGCAAAAGUGAGUCAUUUCCUUAUCGUGAUUCUCCAGCAAAAGUGUCCGUGUCUGUAAAGGAAUUAAGAGGCCUAAUGUUUUAUGACCAUUGAGUCACAGGGCUUUGUAAUGGCGCCUCUUCAAUCAGAAUUCAUUCAAAUUCAGACGUUUGAUUGAAACUGUGAAAUUGUACCAUUAUGAUGUCUUUGUUGGAGUAAUUUUCCGAUUGACUAGAUUGUCUUGAUAAUUGUUGUGUAUUCACACAGUUUCAAACCAUAAGCCUAGUGAAACAUCCCUUUUUUAAAUGGUACUCCUGGGAGCAUUUCCUCUUUUGUUGCUGUGAAUUACAUAUAUGGUGCUGUGUGUGUGCAUUCAUACAUAACUGUAUGAUAGUGUGUGCUUACUUCAUGGCCUGUAACUGUGCAACAGAGAGAAACUGGGCAUUUGUGUUCAUAAACAUUGGAGAAAGGACACUGGAGAGAUGACACCUACAGUGAAUAUUGGGGACAUAACUGUUUUAAUGUACAGACCUGUGUAAAAAGUAGUUCUUGUUCCAUCACCUUAUUCCUUAUUAGAAAAGUACGGACUAACUCUGAUGUUUAGGGUAAAACAACCUUUUCCUUAAACCUACGUGCCCUCCCCUUUCCUAAGAACAUGGUCAGCCUAAAAGCAGGGAGCUAACAAAAUACAUGCAAGUGACUGAAGAAAAAGCAACAUAAAGGGAUUACAAUAAGCAAGGAUGGUUAAAGAGGGAAGUAUAUUACGUUUAACUCUCUUUACUAAUGUACAGUAUUCAACAGACAAGAUAAGCCAAUACAUUUGUAUAGUAAAUAGGACUUUAGCAGGUAAUGAAUUCAGGUGGACUUGGCGCUAUGUCUGCAAUGUAUUUUCCCUUUUGUUCAACUGCCAUUAUUAAGCUUUUAAAUGUCAUGAUUUUAUGGGUUUACAAAGGCAGGAUGUAUGUUUACAGAGCAAGUUUUUUGCUUGGUACCUUAAUUUGAUGUUUCUUUACAGUAUUUUUGUUUUUCAGAGCCAACAAUGGAUGAAUUUGUGGUUAAAAACAUGAAGCCAGGGGUGGCAAUACACUUGAAGAACUCAAAUCUAUACAUCUAAGCAGGUGUAUUCAGCUCUUCAGAACUGUCAGAUGUCUUGUUUUGGCAUGCUGAUGACUUGGUGUUAUGGUUGCACCCAGGGUUGGAAAUAGUCACAAACAUUUUUGGCAGCCACUCUUUUUUAACGAGCAGCAUUAACUAGUAAGGUAUAAUAUAAAGGCUUAUAGUAUAUAGCUUAUAGUAUGAAGGCUUAUAGUUCUCAAGAUAUGGACUAUUUAACAAGAGGGAGUUGGUGCAUAAAUGAUCCAAACUGUAACUUAUCUUAAACCUCUCUUUCAACCAAUUUGUCCUGUAUCUGACAAUGCAAAUGUUUGCUGUGCUUCCUGCGGGAGCACUGUACAUUCAUCUGCAUUUUCCUGCAUUAUGAGUGACAGACUUGAAGAAUUUGAUAUCUUGUGUGUGAUUUCUGCAGUCUCAAGCCAAGAUUCAGGCUUUGUUUUCCUACCAUAGACUUGGAACAAGCAAGACACUGGUUCAAACACACCUUUAACCGAUACAGUAGCUGCAGUGGAGAACUACUCUCAUAUGAUACUGAGCCAAACCAUCCCAGCACUCAGCCGCCUGUAAGCAUUUGACAGCAGCUCUGACACAGGGAGGAGGAGGUGGGGUUGUGGGGUUGUGUGUUCAAGUCUGCUCAGCUUUGCUCAUAAAGUCAGGAAGAAGCAGAAAAAAAGGGUUUUAUUUAUGUUUUUAAUUGUAACAAAAUCACUGAUUGAUUAGGGCGACUUUAAUUUACCUGUCGAGCAUAUUCAUCUGACACUGUUCAAAAGUACCUGCAUUUGGCUGGUGGCGGAUGCUAAUUUCCCAUCCUGGUUGCAUCCCAGGAGAAGGCAGCCUAGGUUAGAAAUCUAGUCUGUAGCUCCUUUCCCACUCUCUUUGUCCCUGAUUUCCUGCUUGCUCCUGUCCUGUCUCUAGUGAAGGCAAAAAAUUGAGAGCUAUCAGGCUGCCGACCUCUAUGGUGAGGCGUUUUGGGCUCAUUUGUUGCAGACCUCCACGAUGGAGUGACCUUGACCACAGAGCGGGAAGUGACGUACUAACCUUUGUUAGGUUUUCCCUUAGUUUGUGGUGUGUUUUUUUUUUAAUGUUAUCAACGUUACCCUAACCCUAAACUUUAGGGUUCUUGUGCCUAACCCUAAACCUCUUUAGGUUUUCCUUAGUUUGUGGUGUGUUAAAAUUAAAUUUAUCCCCUUCAGCAAAUUUUCAAGUUUUCUUCAUAAAAUUCUGCUGUCGUGAAAAGUAGCUGCCUACUGUAACCUCUGACAGCAAGUGGAAAACAUACAUCAUUCAGUCUGUCAUUCUGGUUCCAGCUUGGGUAAUGAACGUCACUUUCUGCUCCAUUGUAGAGGUCUGCCACAGAUGAUCCCAAAACGCCCCACUGUAAGCCCCACUAUAAGCCUUAUUUGCCAAAAAUCCCAGAUAAACAUCUUAUUGAAGAAGCAAAAAGUCUGAUUUGCUUGCGUUACGUAAAAAUAAUCAGCCAGUGGGGGAAGCAAAUUUACUUAAGUGCCUUGAAACAGGAUGUGCUAACAAAUGUUGAACACGCGCAUCAUUUCAAGACACUUAACCUUUUUUAUUUUGCAUUAUAUUUUGGUAAAAAUAAGUUUAUUGGAUUGAUUGUUGCUAAAGUAAGUGCAAUAAGAUAUUUUGAACUAAAAUUAUGCAAAAGAUUUGAGAUUUUCAAGUGUAUUGUUAAAGGAGCUAUUGAAAUUUUCAAGAAAUAUGCUUCCUUAAUGGAGGCCAUUCUUGUAUAUUUAUGUUACAGAUGGAGAGCAGGUGAUUAGACUAGCCUAGCAAACUGUUAGUAAAAUAUUAUAUAUGUAACUCCCUCUAAGAACACAUAUUUUAUUUACUCUUUACACUAAAUUCAGAGAAGAUAUAUGGAUUAUUUAGACUUGUAAGUAUAAGUGGGUUUUAAGCCCUACUCCCAUAAAUAACGUGCGGCAGUGAUAGUGGUUUCGAUCUUCUCUAACUAUGAAAAUGAAAGCUGACAAGUAUCUUCCCCCACAUCUGUCCUUUUUAGCUACAAAUUCAUCCCUGUUAUUAAAAUCAUGUUUACUUGUACUGUACAAUGGUACUGGCCUUAUUUCUGACUUCUACUUGACCAACAACAUUUCAGUGUCCGAUGGGAUCACUGAGAGGACUUUGAUGCGUAUAGUAAUUACCUGAACCCUAAUUUACAUUCUGUAGAUGCUGAAAAAAAAACACUAGAACCUGCCUGUUUCCCCCUUAUUGAAACAUGAAGUGUACAUAUUAGCGUAAUGCUUUUAUCUGAAGACGAGCUCCUCCUAGAGAAUAAAUGGUUUUAGGUCAGCAGUCCUUUUGACCCCAUGAACCAUAUUUAGAUUUUUUGUUUCUCUUCAGGCAUAUUUUUAAGGUACUUUUGGUUUGGUCUCGACUUGAGCUUGACCAUCUUUGGUACUUGUGUAAAAUGAUGUACAUUUGACAUAUUUAUAAUGCAGUAUGUAAAUAUAUUUUUGUUCUCUGUUUUGUUUUUAUUUUUUGUCCAAGUUAAUUUCUAUUGUAACUCCUUUUACGUUCAGAACGUGAAACAAAGCAAAAGCUAAAGAGUAACUUGAUGUAUGCUUGGAUGCUUGGCUGACUGUUGACCUAUUAAUAAACACUCCAAUAAAAUGAUGUAGCCUUUCCCUGCAUUUAGGGAAAUCAA